CGAUUAUGCCGGCCGUCACGUUUAAACCGCUCGUUUAUUUAUGACGUCAGCCCCAACUUAUACGGACAGCGUUCCUUUCUUUUCUUCAGAAGAUUGAAGAAAAAAAACAGGAAAAACAAGGCGAAGAAGAACUUCGAUCCCAGUUGAAAUUGGGGGAGAGAAGAAAAGAAAGGAACGAGAAUACGAAAUAAAAGAGUCAGAUGUAGAGAGAUUUUUCUUUUCUUUUCUUAUUUCUUACGUUGGUUGAUCGGUUGAUCGGUUGAUGUUGUGUCCGAUCGCACGGUAGUUUUGUCUGCAACGCUCGGCCUGUCUGUUUUGUUGUCAAAACUAAGUCAACAACGUCUCUUUCUGCAGACAACGGCGAUUUUUUAGGGUUUCUGUUCUCACCCAUUGUCAGGGUUUUUGAUUUAAACACGGAAGAAUAAAUGGUGGCGUCAUAGUUGGACACACGUUCAUGGUAGGAAAGCUUGGUUGUUUUGGAUUUGAAGUAGAAUUUUGGUGCGCAAACGAUUGUUUCGGCUCUUAGGGUUUAUAAGUUGCUGUCUUGGAUUGGAUUUCCAAGUAGGGUUUGUGACUUACUGUAGAAAGGAAAGGAGCAAUUUUUCCAAUUAUGCGAUCUUCGUGGGCUGAUUCUGUUACAAACUCUGCAGCUGAUACCGCGGCUGCUGGUUCUUCUGCAAACAACGGGGCUGGUAGCACUUCACGUCCUGCGCGAACUUCUUAUGUUCCUCCGCAUCUUCGUAAUCGGCCUCCUUCUUCAGAGCCUCCCGCACCGGCACAUAGUGGUACUUCUGUAAGUAAUGAUCGACCUGGUUAUGGUGUACCUCCUAGUGGGAACCGUUGGGGUGGUCCUAGGUCUGAUUUGGGGCGGUCUGGGUUUGGUGGCGGUGGACGCCUUGGUGGUGGCGGUGGUGGUAGUGGUUGGAAUAACAGAGCUGGUGGAUGGGAUCGUGGAAAAGAACGCGAGGCGAACCCUUUUGGGGACGAUGUCGAUGCAGAACCUGCUUUCAAUGAGCAGGAAAAUACUGGCAUUAACUUUGAUGCCUAUGAAGAUAUCCCGGUGGAGACAAGUGGGGAAAAUGUCCCGCCACCUGUGAAUACUUUUGCAGAGAUCGACUUGGGGGAAGCACUUAAUCAAAACAUAAAAAGAUGCAAAUAUGUCAAGCCUACACCUGUGCAGCGUCAUGCCAUCCCGAUUUCUCUUGCAGGGAGGGAUCUGAUGGCAUGCGCUCAGACUGGGUCUGGCAAGACGGCUGCUUUCUGCUUCCCGAUUAUUAGUGGAAUUAUGAAUGGACAGUUUGCACAGAGACCUCAUGGUGCAAGAACGGUGUAUCCACUUGCUCUUAUUCUGUCUCCUACGAGGGAGCUAUCAUGCCAGAUACAUGAGGAAGCCAGAAAGUUUUCUUAUCAAACUGGUGUCAGGGUGGUUGUUGCUUAUGGAGGGGCGCCCAUCAACCAGCAGCUGCGGGACCUGGAGAGGGGUGUUGAUAUUCUUGUAGCAACACCAGGACGACUGGUAGAUUUACUGGAGAGAGCUAGGGUUUCACUACAGAUGAUCAGGUACCUAGCUCUAGAUGAGGCGGAUCGAAUGCUUGACAUGGGUUUUGAGCCACAGAUUAGAAAGAUUGUGGAACAAAUGGACAUGCCUCCUCGGGGCGUAAGACAAACAAUGCUCUUCAGUGCCACCUUCCCAAAAGAGAUACAGAGAUUGGCCUCUGAUUUCCUUUCAAAUUAUAUAUUUUUGGCUGUUGGAAGAGUUGGUUCAAGUACUGAUUUAAUUGUCCAAAGAGUAGAAUUUGUUCUUGAAUCGGACAAGAGAAGCCACUUGAUGGACCUCCUUCAUGCACAGAGGGCAAAUGGAACACAUGGAAAGCAAGCUCUGACUUUGGUUUUUGUGGAGACAAAGAAAGGAGCUGAUUCAUUGGAACACUGGUUGUGCAUGAAUGGGUUUCCUGCAACUACAAUCCAUGGCGACAGAACACAGCAGGAACGAGAACAAGCAUUGAGGUCAUUCAAGAGUGGCAAUACCCCAAUCCUGGUGGCAACAGAUGUGGCAGCACGUGGUUUAGAUAUACCCCAUGUUGCACAUGUGGUCAACUUCGAUCUCCCGAAUGACAUUGAUGACUAUGUACAUCGGAUAGGGAGGACAGGGCGAGCAGGUAAGACAGGACUGGCUACUGCCUUCUUCAAUGAGAACAAUUCCUCGUUGGCAAGGGCACUAUCUGAAUUGAUGCAGGAAGCAAACCAGGAAGUUCCUGCUUGGCUCUCUCGUUAUGCUGCCAGGUCUUCUUAUGGAGGGGGGAGGAACCGACGUACUGGUGGUCGUUUUGGUGGUCGUGACUUCAGGAGGGAUGCUGCUGCUGCUUUCAGUAGGGGUGGAGGUGGUACUGAUUAUUAUGGUGGAAACAUCAGCAGUGGUGGUGCAUAUGGGUCUAACCCUGGCGGAUAUGGGGGUGCAUAUACAAGUGCGUGGGACUAGUGUCCUAAUAUUUGUGGGACUUGUUUUCUAAUUAUAAUUUUUAGAUGUGCCGUACACUUCCUUUACCUUUUCUUCCCCCCAAAUAUUUUAGGUUUAGGGGUUAUUUUUUGUCUAUGUAGUGUCAGAGUCCUAGGUUCUCCCACUUUUUAAAGUGUUUUUUCUUUUUACUGCUAAGGAGGGGGCUGUAGGGUUGGUACCAGCACUAUCCCGACGGUGGUAUAAGAGGUGUGUGAUGGGGGGUGGGUGGUGGUGGUGAAAACAACUAACAGAUUAGGGUUUCAUGCGUCAACUUUUUAUUUUUUAUUUUUUUUGCUUUUCUGUAAUCUUUUUGGUGAUGGGUUGUAGAAUAUGUUGAGAGGGUGGGUGGGUUUCUUUUUGGCCGUUUUUCAUCUCGGAGACAUAUUCUAUUCGACCCAAUUUUAUGGUGGGGAAUCGCCGUGGCUGUCUUUUCUGGCUUUGCUUACGAUGAAGGGUUUUCUUUAUUGUAACAUUCUGGUUGGUUACUCAAAUAAAUACAAUUCUUUUUUUGAUGAUGAA